UUCCGGAUGCUGGAUAAAAAUCUGAAUUAUCGGAGCCAGCUUUUGCACUCUGCUGUGAGGCAGCAUGGCUUUGAGAGCAGCACUCAUCUGAAAAUCAACUACAACGACUUGUUGCCAGUGGUGGCUGGUUUACACUGGAGGAGUCCAUGUAAAAACGCAGUACAGAAAAAAUGGGAAGGCACGUUGAGCGUGUACACCCCCUGGCUGUACGUCUACACUGCCCACAGUCUCAGGAAGCAGCAGCGCCACACACUCCAGCUCACCUCAGAGUUAACAGCCAGCAAGUGGCUGACCGUCCGUAACCUCCUCCUGCAGGCCUCCUACAUGGCCAGGGGCAGCGAGAAGGAGGCCCGCCUGCACCUCUCCACAACCGCUGUCAUCUACCUCCAAGCAGGAGGCUGGGCUGUGGUGGGGAAGCGAAGCGUGAAGGCCUCCUGCUGGUUGACCUCAAUGUGGACGCCUCCCCUCAGAGGAGACGUCUUUCUGGAGGCUUUGAAAUUCAGCCAAACAUUGCAGAUGGCUUCUAGUUGUGGGAAGCACAACAUCAGCCUCUCUGCUGCCCUCAGCGCUGUGGACAAGAUUUUGAGAAAGAGGUACACAACAUUGCUGAUGACCUUCUCAGACCCAAACGGUCUGUCUAAAGAGCUGCAGAUAGAGGGAGCUGUGCAGGAGGUGAGGAAGGACAAGAAGAUGUACCAGAAAACUGCACUGCUCCAGCUUAGGUCCGUGCAACAGUAUGACCUAUGUGCAAUGAAUUAA